GCACACACACGCUCUCCCACACUUAUAGGCGAACACAAACACACAAAAAGUUGCGAGAAAAGACAAUAAAUAAAGUAAUUUACAAAGAAGUAAAACAAAACGAAAUCAAAUGGCCGAAUUUUCAGUAGAACGUGUGGAAGAUAAGCGAACGGUCAACGGCCGAACAGAAUAUUACUUAAAAUGGAAGGGCUAUCCACGCAGUGAAAAUACUUGGGAACCGGUCGAAAACUUAGACUGUCCCGAUCUGAUAGCCACUUUCGAGGAAUCGCUGAAGAACAACAAGAACAAGGACACAAAGAAACGUCUAGCAAGCACUGCCUCAAUGCCAGAAUCCAUUCGUAGCAAGCGUAAGUCAUUUAUGGAGGAGGAGACCGAGGAGCAGAAGAAGUUAAUUGGAUUCGACCGUGGGCUGGAACCGUCGAAAAUUUUGGGCGCCACCGACUCGUCCGGACAUUUAAUGUUCCUCAUGAAAUGGAAGGGCAGUGAUCAUGCCGAUUUAGUGCCUGCCAAACUGGCUAAUAUUAAAUGCCCUCAGCUUGUCAUUCAGUUCUAUGAAGAGCGUCUCACCUGGCACACUGGCAAUGGCAACGGCAAUGGUAAUUCAAGUGGCGGCAGCGGUCCUAAUGGUGGUGGCGGCGUCGGAGCUGGCGGCGACAGUGCAGCAAAUAGUACCGGCAGUGUGACCAGACCCGGCAGCGUGGGCACUCCAGCUGGUAGCACUGCCGAAGGUGUCGAAGACGAUGAGGUGGCCCCAAGUCCGCCAGCUAGCAUCAACAAUGAUGAGAAUGUGAAAGCGGAUGAGAGUAAUGGUGAUGGCGAUGGAGAUGGCGACGCUGCGCCGGAUGCGGAUGCGGACGCCGAAGCAGAUGGUGAUGCGGACGCAGAUGCGGAUGGAGAUGGUGAAUUAAAUACUGAAUUGGGCAAUGGCGAAGCUGAUGACUAGGAGUGAACGAACAGCAAAAACUUGGUGUAUAUACACCAUACACCCAUAACACAAGCACACUCACACAGUCACCCAACAGAUGCAUGCUCUGUCACAUACAUACAUAUAUAUAUAUAUAUAUUUAAGCAUAAACCUUAAUAUCUAAGCAUAUUGCUUUUUGCGUACUUUUAUAAGUUUAGUUAGAUUUAGUCUCCCCAAUUUGAUGCUUUUUGUUAAAAUUUUUUUUUUUAGACUUAGUUUGCUUUGAAAUACAGACAUACACACACAAAAUGUGCAAGGUGAGCGAAAUAAAUAACUAGGCAGUA